AUGGGAGACCGAACAUUCUAUCGUUUAACAGAAUCAAGAGGACAGAAUUGUGCUCGGUCAUGUAUGGAGGGCAGGAGGAAAACAAUCAAACGAGUAACAGAGAGUAGAAUUAAUGGAAAAGGACUACAGGUCUUGUUAAAAGACAAGACUUUCUGGAAAGCGCCAAACAAGAUGGAUGGACGUCGUGAUAAAAGACCCAGAAAUGGUCCACGGAAACACACAAUUAAACGAUGCGAAUUAUAA